CAGCCAACUACGUGGUGUCUCAUCGAACGGGCUCAAACCUAAACCUCGAUACCACAACCUGGGUUUCUUUAGGAUCGUGAUGGGUACCACCGAGUCAAAACCCUUCUCAACGCUUCUGUCUAGUUCGCCAGCAAUAUAAUACUCAAGUACUUCUUAGCUAACUAAAGGUCCUAGUGGAAUAUGUCGUUGAUACAUACAGUGCCGCUGAUCUUCCUGGCUGCUCACUGGUUGGUUCCUGGUUGGUGUUUACAGCCGAAAAUAAACUACAGAGAAAAGGAAAAACAGGUCCUGGAUCAGAUCCUUGGCCCUGCAAGUUACGAUGCCAGGAUCAGGCCCUCAGGAAUCAACGGCACAGAUGGUCCAGCCAUCGUUCGUGUUAACCUCUUCGUUAGAAGCAUUGCUACAAUAAGUGACAUCAAAAUGGAAUACAGUGUACAGCUAACAUUUCGAGAACAGUGGACAGAUGAAAGGCUCAAAUUCAAUGACUUUGGAGGUAAAAUUAAAUACCUGACAUUGACAGAAUCUAACAGGGUAUGGAUGCCAGAUUUGUUCUUUUCUAAUGAGAAGGAAGGACAUUUUCAUAACAUCAUAAUGCCAAAUGUAUACAUCAGAAUAUUUCCUCAUGGGGCUGUACUUUAUAGUAUAAGAAUUUCGCUCACCCUUUCUUGUCCUAUGAACCUGAAACUUUAUCCACUGGAUCGCCAAGUUUGCUCACUUCGUAUGGCGAGUUAUGGUUGGACAACAGAUGACUUAGUAUUUCUCUGGAAAGAUGGAGAUCCGGUGCAAGUUGUGAAAAAUCUUCAUUUACCAAGAUUCACAUUAGAAAAGUUCCUGACUGAUUAUUGUAACAGUAAAACAAAUACUGGUGAAUACAGUUGCCUAAAAGUGGACCUCCUAUUCAAGAGAGAAUUUUCAUAUUACCUGAUACAAAUUUACAUUCCGUGCUGUAUGCUUGUGAUUGUGUCCUGGGUGUCGUUUUGGCUCGAUCAAAGUGCAGUUCCCGCACGUGUCUCACUGGGAGUGACAACUCUUUUAACUAUGGCUACACAGACAUCUGGAAUCAAUGCUUCAUUGCCUCCAGUUUCAUAUACAAAAGCAAUCGAUGUAUGGACAGGAGUUUGUCUUACGUUUGUGUUUGGGGCAUUGCUGGAAUUUGCUCUAGUGAAUUAUGCAUCUCGUUCUGAUAUGCACCGAGAUAACAUGCAAAAGCAAAGGCGGCAAUGUGAACUGGAACAUGGAGCACAAAUUGAAUCAGACCUUCUUGAAGAUGGUGGAACGACUUUCGCCAUGAAACCCCUGGUAAGAAGGCCUGGAGAACCACUAGCAAGGGACAAAAUAAGGCAGUGUGAGAUACACAUGCAGCAGCCACAGCGUCCGAACUGCUGUAAGACCUGGCUCUCCAAGUUUCCUACCCGAUCUAAGAGAAUAGAUGUCAUCUCUCGGAUAACCUUCCCACUCGUAUUUGCGCUGUUCAAUCUCACCUACUGGUCUACAUACCUCUUCAGAGAAGACUCCGACGGUGAAUAAACCUUCGAUCAGUUCUGUUAUACAAAAACCCUGGGAUUUAUAAGAAUUUAAUUUCUUCUUAAUGUACAUGUUUAAUAAAAAGGUAAUAGCUUUAUUAAAACAGUAAUAAGUGUACAAAUGCUAGCUGCUAUAUUAGUAUCUGUUAUAGUAGUAGCUGCUAGAGUACAAAUGCUAUCUCUUAAUUACUUUUCUUGAAAAUAAAAAACACACACACACAUAUGUACAUAUACAUAUUUUUAGUGCAGUCUGCAUAACCGAACAAAUGAUUUUCAGAGACUGUUCAGUUUACCUAAAAUUUGAAUUAGGGAGAAUUCAAAAUUAUACAUAUAUAUUAUGCAUAUAACAUAUAUGUAUUUAGUACAUACUCAACAUCAUUUUAGAAGAAAAUUAUUGAAAAUAACAUUCAUUUAGAUGAUAAAUAAAAAUAUGAUAUGACGUGCAUAUUAUUGUUUUGCAUUGAAAAAAUAAAUGAAUAAAGUAUGUUUUUAAAAGUCCUUAAAACAUGUAUAUAUAAUUUUAAAUAACCAUUUGUAUAAUUGUAAGUGUAUGAAAAAAACAAAAAUAAAAUGUUAAGAAAAAAAUUAAAUAAAUGGAGCUCAUUUUUUAUUAUCAUUUGUUGUCAAGUAUUGUUUUGAAAAAAUGGAUUUCAUUGAUAUGAAUUCAGAUCACCACAUGUUUAGAUAGCUGACAUUGCAUUGUAUAAAUAUGAAAUAUAAUAACAGAAGUGAUAAACAUAUGAAAUAAACUAACAGCAGUAAUAAAAAAACAUUCAUAAAAACAUGAAGUUUUUUUUAUUUUAAAAUAAAAUAAAACUAUUGUUUAAACUAUUUCGUUAGCCACUCAAUAAUCAAUGUAAUUUUCAAUAUUGUCGUAAAUAUUAUGAAAAUUCAAAGACAAUAUGUGAUAAUGAAAUUGAGGGUUUUUUUAAACAUAAAAUUGAGAAAUUUCAAAUUCAUUUAAUAUCAUUCAACAGCUAAAAUUGUUAAGCUAAUUUAAUAGCCAUUACAAAAAUAGCAUCUAAAAGAAUAUUAUAAUAAUAAAUAAAAUAUUAAAUUAAUGAGCACAUAAUAUUUCUUAUGUAAUGCAUUUAUGUAUUGUAAUUUUUAUAGAAAGAUGGGCCAUAGUAUAUUAUAUAAAAUAAAAUAAAAAAUUUAACAAAAAAUUUGAUUUUGAAAAUUAAAUUAAAUAGUGGAGAAAAGUUUGGAAUAAUUUAAUUGCUGAAUGCUAAAAUAGAUUUUAAGAGACUUUUCCAUUAGGCCCAACUUUUGGCAAAUUAAAAAAAAAUCUAACUUUUUUCUAUAAAGUAUAUUUGAAAACUAAAAAAAUUAAAAACUUGCAUUUUUUAUGGUUAUGUGAUAUAGAAACUUUUUAUGUUAUUUGGAAUUUUGACAUUUUAAUAUACCACAACAUUUUAAAUAGAAAUUUCAUAGUUUUUCCUCUACUAUAGAAGCCCACUAAGCAUGUUCAGAUAUAUUAUUUUCAUGUAUUUUAUGUAAAUCUGGCUUUAUGUUUACAAAUGCACUCUUGUGAACUACCUAGUAGUAAACGAAUAGUUGUUAUUUAUAAAAAAUGUUGAGGAGAUGGGUGAAGCAUUCCAAAAAGAGGUAGCUCAAAUGAUGAAAGAUUUGCUGAAAGAAAAGUUCAAUAAAAGGGAAUAUAUAAAUCAAUAAGUAGGUUAUUCAAGGGACAGAGUGAGCGGGCAAAUGUGGGUGCACAGCACAGUACGUUGCCUGGCAACCUGAUAACCAAAGUUAUAACUUUGAAGAAAUAAUCUAUAGAUUAUAAAAUAUUUACAAGUUCGCGUCCCGGUGCCAAAGGUGGAUUUUAACUCUAACAUUAAUCCCCAAUCCUUACCCUUUGAUCGGGAAAAACCCCCGUUUACCCUAAAAGGCGAUAAAAGGGGGAUAAAAAAAAAGGUAGGUUAUUCCAUAGUUUUCAUUAAACCAUUGAGAAGUCACUAUGAGAACAAAGUUGACUGCACCCUAUAAUGAAUAAAUAAAUGAAUAAAGUUAGUGUAUACAGCAAGGACAAGAUUUUGAAGAUUAUUAUUCUUAUCUGGACCAAAACUAUUGUUCGAAUAAAAAUGGAGUUCAGUGUAUUUUAUAUACACUACUGGGACAUUUAGUAUAUAGAGAUAUUUGAUUGGUGAAAAGUAUAAAAAAUGACACCUUCUUUUAUACAUUAAAAUACACAAAACUGUUUUAUGAGACCUUUCAUUUUUUAUCAGAUUUCCUUUCUUAUUUCCUCAAGAAGGACUAAUACAAGGAAACAAUUUGAUUCACUCACUAUCAGAAGAACCAUCAGGCAAAAACUGAGGAAAUUAAGAGAUUUGUUUGGUAAUGAGUGGUGCAUAAUUUAUAUUACUCAUAUCUGUACAAGUAUUAAUUUCACUGAAGUUGACAUUACAUGACUCCUGUAAAAACAAUUGGCAAGAACAUCAGCUAGUACUAUAUUGAAAGGUUAAUACUCGGAGAUGGCCUCUUUUAAUAUGCAGAACUUAGAAACAGCUAACUUCAGGCUGCUCCCUGUACUCUCAUGUCACCUGGAGAAGAGUCCUUUCUGUGCCUAAUGAAGGGAUGCCUUAAUUAGAACCACAUAAUGAAGAUAGAUUAAAUACACCAAAGCAAUGGAGAUCAGCCCUCUUAACAUUCAUAAAUUAAUGUGUGAUUGGUUUUAAAAAAAAAAAAAGAAGAAAGAAAAUAGCUGGAUAGCAACUAGUCCUUCUCAAGGCUGUUAAACCAUCAGUAAAUAAAAAUGGUUCUGAUGGAGUAACUCCUGUUCCAUAGAAAGAAAAUUUAAAAAAAAAAAAGGAAAGAAAAGAAAAGCUCUACCAGAUAUAGAUAUAAAUAAUAGUAAUUCUUUUAUUAUCAGCUCAUAGUUACAAAGUAAUAAAAAAAAAAAGACAAAAUGCUAACGGUAUAAUAAAUCAACAAUCAUAUAUUAUAAAAUCUAAUAUAAAUGUUCUAUAUUAUAUUUCUGAUGUUUGGAAAAUAAUUGUGUGUGUUGUUAGCUAGCACAGAAUAACAUGGAUAUUGGUACUGGUUAAGGGGAAAAGGGACAAGGAGGGAGAAAAUUAGUCCUUUUUGCCUACCUUUGAAAGCAAUAUAGAAGUUGCUGUUCCAAACUGACCAGAGCAGGAUGUCACUUUUCAUUUAAUGAGACCACUAGGAAUAAAUAUUAACUGACCCAAGUGGGAAUUAAACCCACAUCAUUCCAAACCAGGCACUCUGAAACCCUCAUCACAUGCUCAUCUAUCUAUUAAGGCCUCUAACAAAUGGAUCGAUUAAAAAUGAUUGCUUAUUGCGAUAUAAACUUUAUCUUUACGGUGUAAUAUGAAUAUUGAUAACAUAUAAUUCAAUAAUUCUUACAAGUGUAUUUUCUUCUUCAUCAAUUCCUAUAUUGCAUAUAUGGGUAAGUAUAUCUUAUAUUAUUAAAUUUUUUGUAUUCCGGAACAGAGUUUUUGUUUUGUUGGACAUGUUGUGAAUGGUCAUGACAGAUAGUACAUUCUCUCCAGCUAUCACAAGGAAGUUUUUUGAUAUUGUUCUUUCCUUUUAGAAGAUUUGUUACUUCAACUGUUUAUUAAUUGAGCUGUUGUUAUACUUACAAAUUCAUUUGAAUCUAAAAAUAAUGUUUCAGUCAAAUUUUGCUACUCUCCAAAAAUGUUGGCAUCUGUAAGUGUAAAUACUGUUAGACUAGUUGUUUUUCAUCAGUUAUAUCAUUUGAAUUUUACAAUAUUCAUAAAUUUGCUAGUAUUGAAUCUUCAAUUUUUAAGUUUUCAAAAAAAAUAUGACAUGUUAUUAACAUUGGAGUAUUCACACCUUACAUACUUACACAAAAUGAUUAUAAUUAACUAAAAGUUGAAAAUUUAUAAAUUUUUGUUUUUGUUUAUUUUCUAUUUGAUCCAAACCAGCUAAUUAUGUUAUAAUUAUUAGUAAUCAUAACAUAACUGCUAGCCAUACCCAUAAUUAGGUAUAUUUUAAGCAUUCGCCAUAACAAUAUCUCCUCAGUAUAUAAUAUUAGCAAUAUGUUAAAAUGAUACAAUAAUAUUUCAAUAUUAUAUAUCAACAAAAUGGUUGAUACCUUAAUUUUAGUACCUAAUUGCAAAUACUUUAUGGUUAUUUUUGCUAUAAUUUUUUAUAACCAUUACUAUAAAACUUUUAAAUUAAUGUGUUGUCAGUGUUACUUUUAUAUCAACAAUAUGCCAUUAUAUAUACAAUAUAUAUAUAACAUAUUACUAGUACAUAUUUGGAAAAGACAAAAACAGUCUACAGGAAAGUAGAUGACUAGUAUUAUGAAAUAAAAUUUGUAUUGUGUUGGAAAAUAACUGACAUAGACUAUAAAUAAGAUGAAUAAAAUGUACAACUUAGUUACCCAGAUUAUCAGAUUUUGUACCCAGUCCUAACUAUUAUUAGUUUUAAAAAAAAUCCUGACAAAGUAUCGUCAUCUGUGAAAGAUUUGAGGCACUGAAACUAUUAAUGUUCAAACAAUUUACAUAUUUAAGACACAAACAAAAAUAUCAAAAGACCCAAACACAAAACUUUAUAGAAAGUGGCUACACCAUCCAAAAUACACUGAUGUUUAAUAUUAAUCGUUUCUCUUAAUGGCUGACUUUUAUUGCAAAUAUUGUAACAAGAGACCUAUGACCACUAUAUAAUAGAACAUUCUGAAAUAAACAGAAAAGAAAAAGUUUUGAAAUAUGUAAUGAAAUAGUCUAAGUAAACAAUAAUAUUUAUUUUUUAAUAGAAAAAUAAAAAAAUCUUUUCUGAAAUUUUAUUUUCUCACCCUGCACCGAUUUCCUUGUACAAUUACAAUAUAUACAUAUAAAUAUACACAUAUAUAACUUUUCUUAAAUUACAAUAUACUGAAAAGAAAAAUCGUUUAAUAAAAAAAAAAUUGCUGUAAAGUGAAAAAAAAAACAUUAUAAUCUAUUAAAAUAAAAAAUAAAAUUUUGAAUCAGGAUGAUUCUCAGGCACUAUUUUUUUGUUUUCAUUCAUUAGGUAAAGAAUAUUUUUAUUAAUUUCUCUUUACUAUCAGAAAAUAUUCCAACUUAUAAGUCCCAGGUUGUAGUAACAUAUAAAAUGAUAUUAAUAAAUAUAUUUAUUUUUACAGUACUUAUAUUUAAGCACGGAAACUAAGAAUGUUUAUUAGUUGUUGUAGGUUGAUUUCUAGAAGAUAGCAAUAAAGGGAUAUCAAUCGACAAACGCUUGAAACUAGAUAGUCGAUACAUAAAACUUGUUCAGCAUCUUAAACGUUACCCGACAGCCUUAAGGAUACAAAAACACAUUUAUGGUUGUUUCUCAAGCAUACAUACAUUUAAAUGACAUCAAGAACUUAUCUUCUCCAAAACUACUCUUCAUUUCCAGUGAGGUAACCUGAAUUGGUAUUUCCAGCCAAUACUCACCAUAAAAGAAGUUAUUGUUUGUUAAUUCCAUAAUAUAUAGAACUUAUGUGUAAUAACAUUCCGGCCAAAAUUAAUCCAAAUCUACCCGCACCCUCGCCGAUGAUCUGUGAAUGAUACUAUCAACGGUUAAUUCUUUCCCUUCUAAUGUAGCACAAUUUUAUACUAUCCUACUUGCUCGUAGGUUAGCAAUAAAUAUAGUUAGUGAAUGGUUUACCAGGGUUCGACUCGGAAGGGUCAAGCAUAUUCCAAGGGGUUUCCUGCGUGGUUUUCCUCCAUCCAUGCUAACAUGAUUCUUUAGACUAUUUUUUAUUGUAACAGUAAUAAAUUUUAAGAAUAAAUCACAUUUUAUGUUUACAAUGAAAAUUAUAAAAUGCUCAAUGUUAUUUAAAGGUGUAUUCAUUAUAUGUACUUUCUCUAUUAAGGGUUAAAGUGAAUUAUGAAUCAUAGUUAUACCAAUGACAAAUUUUGAAAUGAGAUUAUUUUCAUAAUAAUUAGUAAAUAAAAUAUAUCUUAAAUUACUUGAAUUAAAAAUAUUUAUUAAUAUAAGAACAUUUUAAAAGGUCAAUUUAAAAUAACUUAGCUUUUAUUACAUGUUUUAAAUUGAAUAAAAAAAGGAAAAAAAACUGAUUGAAAUUUAUUUGCAUGGCACCGGGGACCACCAGAAAAACUCCAAAUGUAUGUAUCUCAUGUGUGUACACUUCAUAUUGUAAAUAAUAUUUGUGCCGAUUGUGAAUAAUUUAAGACUACAAGGCACUUUUUUUUUUCUCCUAAAAGAAUGUAAAUAUGGUUAAAUAAAAAUGUAGAAUUAUUUCACAACCUUUUAUCUGAUAAAUAGUAAAAUUAAGCUUUAUUUGAUUUAUGUACACAUCAUUUUUAGCAAUUUAUUACACAAACUGUUAAUAUUUAAAAAUUGAAUUACUGUAAAAAGUUAAGAGAUAGUUACACUGACUGGCAUAAAGUUUAGAAAUAAUAUUAUUUUAGGGUUGCUUGGAUCUUACUUUGGUUUGAAACAUACGCAACUAUGGAUGCGAUAUUUUGAAUGAAAGUAAAGCCACAUUUAUCUGGCCAAAACUGUAGAUAGAAUAACAAUUAAAUUAAUUUGGCUGUGCGGAAUUAGAAUUUUAACACAUUUUAGAAUGGACUGUCAAGUAUAUAAUAGAAAAAUAAAAAAACCUUUUGCACUACAAAUUUCAUAAACUAAUGUUUUUUUUAUAACUAAUCCGAAAUUGAAGCUUAAUUUUAAACAAUCAUUUACUGGUAAUAGUAUAGUUAUACUUAUACUAUUGUGUGUAUGAUUGAAAUGAGUCUUUUGCUUUCAGAUAGGCAGUUUUUGUUUAGGUUUUGAUUAUGAUAUUCUGUAAAUUUUAUUUUCAUUAGAAAAAAUAAAGAUACUGCUUUCAUUAGUGCAUCUACUACAGCAAUGAAGGAGUAUCCAUUUCUUACCUCUAAAAAUGUCCCUUACUUUGUAUAGCCCUAAAUUCAUAGAGCAAGGUAUAUGAUAAAAUAUUCAUUUUAUAUCCUUUCAAAUUCAUCAAGAACUUAUUUUUAUUAAUUAAAAAUACCGAAAAAUACAUAUCAUCCACCUGUACAGAUAUCCUUGAUAUUCUUUAAAAGCUAUAACUAUUUCAAUUAUUUUAUUUCAUGAUCAUUCUUUAUCAAUUCUAACCUUCAUGAUUUCUUAGUAAUUUGUGUUUCUAAUAUCUCAAACUGUCUAUUAUUGCUUUAUCUAAUUUCUUCUUCAGUUUGGUCUUAUCUUAUAUCACAGAGAUAGAUUCUUUUCUUCCUCUUCUCUUCUUGUAUCGUGGAGAACAUAAUAUUUCCUUGAUAUUUUUUGGGUUGAUUGCUUCAUAAACAUUUUCUGUAAGUGCAAAUGGAGUUCUUAAUUACUGUUUGUAACCCUUGAAGAGCCCUAUAGCUUAUCAAAGUAACCUUAAUGGGGGAUGCACUAAUGGAAACGUACCAAAAUAAAUUUUAUCUAAUGUGCCUAUUCAUAGUAAUAAUGUGAAAAAUAAUUUUAAAAAAUUAUAUAUAUACUUCUCCUAAAAAUACUUGGCAAAUAGAUGAAAUUGUUUAUUAUACGCAUCAGCUUAGUAUUUAAAAGAGGGCUCAUACAUGUAUGGUGAUGGACAUAAUAUUAAACUACAUGGUUGUACAAAUAGACUUAUAGCAUGAAACAUUUCACUAGAUAUACAUGAAAAAAGACCUAUGUUUUACAUGCUUUUAAAAAUUAGGACAUUGUUAGAAUACUUGUUAAAUGUUUCAAAUAUAUUUUUUAAACAAUUUUUUGUUAUGAUGUAUUAGAUACUGUUUUUUAUAAUUUUGAAAAAAUAUAUAAAUAAAUAUAUAUAUGUAUGUACAAUUAAUGUAGGUCCUAUGACCUAGUAGAAAUGUUUGUUACCAUGUACAUAGAAGUAGCACUUAUUAUGUUAAUUAACAAUGAUAAUGCUCAAUAAGAGGUAACUUUUCCACUUUUUUUUCUUUUUUUUCUUUUUAUGAUAGAUGAACUGGAAAAGUUACUCUGAUGGAGUAUGUUUAUAAAAGAAUUAUUGUACCAAUUAUAAAUACUCAUUAAAAAAAAAAGGAAGAAAAAUGAGUAUAAGAAUGUAUUGAUAUUAAUAUAAACAUGAAUAUCAUAUUUGAGGUUAUCACCUCUUUCUCUCUGUGCAUUCAUUACAUAUUAUAUUUAUAUUAUAA